AUGAAGUACCUUCUGGGGUACCUCGAAGGCAUAAAUGAUGCUCCGCGCAUCUCUGAUCCCGACUUCCAACAGCUCCUCGUCGACGUCCAGGCUUCCAAGCUUGGAGAAGAUCGUGAACGAGCUCCGGAGCUCGCUGGACCGUUCCUCAAGCCGGUAUCAAAGCGAGAUGCUCCGGACUACUUCCAAUUGCUCCGAAAUGUCAAGAGCCACAAGUACAAGGACAAGGCCGAGUUCGCCAACGAUCUGGAUCAGAUCUGGAAGAACUGUCUGACGUACAACACCACGGCUGUAUCCAAGUACCUGCAGCAGAAAACAAACCACCUGCUCGACUUCCUGCAAGAUCGAGAUGAGGCUGCCAACAACCCGCUCGCCGCUAUCCUCGGCGCGGCCGGCGCUUCCCUCGCGGUGCAGCGAGCAGCGUCCCAACAGCCGAGCGCCAGCCAAGCCGCCGGAGAUGACGAGGACGCCGCCGGCGAGAGCGACGAUGCGGUCGGGGAGGACGACGACAUGGGGGGAGCGCGAGGAGAGAAAACAUUGCCAGGCGGUCACCCAAAUGGGCUUACCCCUGAUGUCGGUGCUAGCGGACGGGCAACUAGCGUCGAAUCGGCAUCGGGGGACCGUCGCGUGAAUGGGAACGGCAAGGCGAACGGAGAAGUGACUCCCGUUUCCUUGAGCCAGCCGGGACCUUCCUUUUCCGACAAGGGUAAGGCCCGCGACAUUCUCUACGGCAAUGCGCCCCCAGCAUGGUACCCGACCCCCGCGGGGGAAGACGAGGAUGCCAAGCUAGAGGGCUACUGGUGGGGUGCGACGAGCAAGGACGAGGCAUAUGUCGCUGGUCUCCCCGCCGUGCCGGAGAUGGUCGAUGGCCCGUCGCAGAAGAGGCGACGAAUUUCUCGGCGACGAGCGAGUGCGUCGCCACAACCGAACGGCGAUGCCGACGCUGUGCCACCACUAGUGCCAUCCAAGCCAGUAUCACUAGAACGGGUAGUGCAUCGUGCGAUCGACAAACUGGGCGAUGCGCGCAAGACAGUCAAUACGAUACAGGAGUUGCAGCGGUACUAUGAGGGCGAUGGCAUGGGUCUUCCUCCGCCGCCCAUCGAGCCACUAGAGACGCUGCGGGCACGAGAAGCCGAGGAGCGUGUUGAGGGCAAACGGAAACGGCGAGAGGCGCGGACAGAGGCGCACGAGCGUUUCCGUCACGGUGGCGAGGUGGGCGAGGCCGAGGCCGCGUUCGUCCUCAAGCGAUCUGUGGCAAGCAUGCUGGCGCACGCCGGAUUCGAGGGCGCGAACGACAUUCCUCUUGAUCUGCUAACAAGAGUAGCGGGCGACUUCAUCCGCAACUUGGGUCGGACGUUCCGUCUGCUAGUCGAUGGGUUCGGGAGCCAGCUACCGCCGGACGAGAUUGUGCUGCACGCACUGCACGAGAACGGCCAGGUCGAGCUGCAAGACCUCGAGUCGCACAUCAAGGACGACAUUGAGCGCGACAGCGCCAAGGUCGCCGAGAUGGCGCGCAAGGUCCGGCAGUCUUACAAGGAGCUCACGACCGGCCCCGUCAUCGAGGACGACAUGCUCUUCGCGCAGGACGGCCAGAUGUUGCAACAUGGCGACUUUGCCGAAGACCUGGGCGAGGACUUCCUCGGUCUCCGCGAACUCGGUAUCGACAAGGAGUACGGCCUGGCGUCACUAUCGGUCCCGAAAGCGCUCUUCUUCGGGCGACACGGGCGAAACCGCGGCGCCGAGAACGGCAAGAAGGAAGACGCGCCCGACUACGCUCCUCCGCCGCCCUUCAUCCCGCUCACAGCUGCGUCGUACAAGUCCGCAGCCCCGGGAUUCAUGCACGCGUUCUACGCCGAACGGCUCGAGAAGGGCGGCACGCUCGAGGCCGACGACGCCUUCGACGCCGCGCAGGCGACGAUCGGACCGCUGGGCCAGAUCGUGCAAAAGGCUCCCGCCAAUGCACCGGCCGGCAAGAAGAAGGACGGCGAGAAGAAGAAGCCGGCCAAGAAGAUUGCGCAGCCUGGUGUCGUCUAUGAUAUGUGGGUAUCUGGAUUAUAG